AUGGCCUUCACGUUCUUUCCUCUCGUAUUGUGCCUCACUCCAGCAACUCUCACGCUGACCCUUUCUCGUUCGGUAGCCAUACCUCCCAAAGUGGAUGAAGCAGUUAAGCACUACCGCUAUGUUCCAUACACUGCCCUCACCAAGAUGGCCCGCCUUAAGGCAGCCCGCGGAGAAGAAGAUGUUAUUCUCAAUGCUCAAGAGGGCUUCACGGUUCGUGGUCUCGACCGCUCCACCGAAUUGCAGAUCAGCCUUGAUGACUGGCUGGUCGCUGCACGUACAAUGGUCGAGCUAAUGGAGAAGCACCACCCCAAGUGUGCCGUUUUCUUCGCCAAGCAUCAUACUCAUGUAGUCAGCAUUAACUACACGCACAGCUGGCCCAUUGCCAUCGAGUAUGAUAUUCAGCAGCGUGAAGCGGCUGCUAGCCACCCUCAGCAUGACCUUUCCACAUUUGAUCACAACUCUCUAAACAUCAUUGCCACACGUGUAGCCGUGCGAGGAGCCACUGCCAUUGUGCGUGCCUCCGCCCCUCUGCCAAAAGGCUCUGCCCCAUUUGAUGGCACUGGCCACUUGCCCGCCGACUGUGUUGCACAGGUUACCAUCACCGGCCACGCUGUUGCACCCAUCGCAAUUGGCUCGCGCAGCCGACAUGCCCUCCUUGCCCCUAAUGGACACCCGUUCUGCUUUGCAUGGGCCAAAGCUGGCACCUGUCGCUUCAACCCCUGUGUUAACUUCCACGGAUGCAGCAUCUGUGGAUCAACCCAGCAUGAUCCCGACCGAAUCGAAGCUCGCCUACGGGAGCUUAACAUUUUCGACUCAUGGAGCCAUCUGGUUCAUGGCCUCUGCCACGGUUUUGAUGUCGGUAUACAUACUCCAUUUUCUCGGUCUUUUAUCUUCGAAAACCAUCGUUCGUCGGAGUUGAACCCAAUUGUCAUCGACGAGUAUAUUGCAAGCGAGCAAGCGGCGGGCUGCUACUCACAAGGCUUUGAGCCUGCCGAUCUAGAGAGCAUCAUUGGUUUUUUUCGCACUUCCCCCUUGGGUCUCGUACCCAAGCCUCACUCCGACAAGCUGCAGCUGGUGCAGGACCUAUCCUAUCCUCGAAACAAUCCCAUCGUUCCCUCAGUCAAUGCCGGUGUCAAUGCCGACGACUUUCCCACCGAGUGGGCCACCUUCGAAAAGGUUUCUACAAUGCUCCUAUCCUUGCUGCCUGGUGCUCAAGCAGCCACCUUCGACAUAUCGGCAGCAUACCGCAUCACCCCCGUGCAUCCAUCGCAACAGCACACCUUAUGCAUUUACUGGCGCGGCAAGGUAUACAUCGACAGGGCAGUGUGCUUCGGCUUGUCAUCCAGUGCUGGUGUCUUCGGUGCUGUAGCUGACAUGCUUGUAGCCAUAUACACCUCAUCUGGGUAUGGUCCCCUGUGCAAGUGGGUGGAUGACUUCAUCGUGAUCCGCCUCCCUCACCAGCACUGGACGGAAGACGACUUCAUUCGCCAAACUGCAGAGCUCGGUGUACCCUGGAGCCACACCAAGACCCGCCCCCUUGCUUUUCAUCAACACUUUACUGGCUUCGACUGGGACCUUCAGUGCAAGACUGUCUCCCUACCGCCCGACAAAUUCAACAGCAUCAUUACGCUUCUCACACAGUGGACUCAGCACGCAUCGCCCAUGUCACAAUACGAUGCCACACACCUCCACGGCAAGCUUGUUCAUGUCUCCUCUAUGUUCCCACUCGUUCGGCCCUUUCUUCGCUCCGUGUCACACUUCGCCAUAAACUUCCGGUCACCUCGUGCACACCUCUGGGCACCAGCACCUCUCCUCAAUGACCUCACAUCCAUCCUGUCAUUGCUGGAGAAGCUGCCCAACAAACUGCCUCUGCAGCAACCUGAACCUCUCAACCUCGGUUGGUGGGGCGACGUGAGUACAUCCUUCGGUGUCGGUGUAGUUGUCAGCCAAUAUUGGGCUGUCUGGCAUUGGGCACCUGGUGUCACCAUUGGGCCGAAGUGCAACCACGACAUUGGCUGGGCCGAGGCUGUCACCGUGGAACUUGGCCUUCGUCUGGCCCUCCACCAUCGCCUCCUGCACGACCGCCCAGCCCACAGUGCCAACCUGCUUGUGCGCUCCGACAACAGCGGUAUUGUGGAAGUCAUCCGCAAAGGUCGCUCUCGCAGUCACCAGACCAACGAAGUUCUGCAGCACAUCUACACCUUACUUGCUGCAGAGCGCAUCCACCUUACUGCCUCGCAUGUUGCCAGUCGCGACAAUGUCGCAGAUGCACUCUCACGUGACAACUUUUUUGCUGCCACCACACCUGCAGCAUCUACUAACAUCGUUGUGAUGCCCGCACAUGGUUUUCGCAUUCUCCCGCCCAUCGUUGCCGGCGAUGCCGGGAUUCGGCAAGACCUUGGCUCCCUUCCCCUGAACCCAUCCACCCUGUGCCCCGAUUGCCGCGCCGACGAGCGCAUUUUCUUGUGGCGUGGCACCAACCACCCUGCAGCAUCCACCUUACAUCACCCUGUGCUACAACACCUUGCAGAUGUUGCUUCCCGUGCCUCCUUGCGAGACUCCACACUCUCCAGCUAUGGUUCUGGCUUGCGCAAGUUUCACCUCUUCUGUGACAUUUUUUCAAUACCCGACUCUGACCGUCUUUCCGCCUCAUUCACCCUUCUAAACUCAUUCAUUCUGUGGGCCGUGGCUGAACCCGAUGCUAAUGACCUUGCCCUCGCUGAUGGCACACCGUUUGAACCCAUAUCUGCCAAAGUGGCCUCGAAGUAUCUUGAUGCAGUUCGGGCCUGGCACCUGGCUCAAGGUUGGCCACCACCACUGUCUCCGGAUGAUCGUGCACGUAUCCAGUGGUCCCUGCGUGGACUUGAGAACCUGCAGCAGGCACGCCGAACUCGUCCCCCUCGGCCACCUGUUACCCUCCACAUGCUUGGUGCCUUGAAGUGCACUCUCCACCUUGACAAUCCUUUUGAAGCCUGUCUAUGGGCCAUGGCAUCCUGUGCCUUUUGGGGCCUUAUGCGUUUUGGUGAAGUGUCCGUCAAAUCCAGAGCAAGCUUCUCUGGUACCCAGCAUCUCAAGCAAAGAGAUGCAGUCUUUGCACACGACCUUGACGGCAAGCCUUAUGUUCGCCUUGACCUACCUUCCGCCAAGACAGCCAAACCUGGGGAAAUCCAACACAUGUUCCUUGUUGAACAAGGUGAGGUCUGUCCCAUCGCUGCAUUGUGCAAUCUAGCCCAUGUUGUUCCUGCUGGCGAGGAGGACCCGCUAUUCUCUUGGCGUGACCAUCUCGGCCAACCUCGACCAAUGGCCUGUCGAGCACCUACAACCUAUGAGUCCGGCCACCUCGUCUCUGGUUGGGUGGGCGGCAAGGGUAGCCGCGGGUCGCCUCGUUGGCUCAUUCUUGGAUUCAAACACCGUGAUCUGGGCACAUUUUCACGUGUCACCGAACCUGUAGACGACCUUGACAUCGAUGUUGAUGAUGAACCUACUAUCACCAGAUUGAUGCUUAUACAAAACCUCACCGCGCAAUUGCCUGUUGACAUCGAAUUUGUUCGUGUGCUACUUGUACGAUCUGACAUGCCUACCUUACUUGGCUGGGCGAAGACUACAAGUGGUGCUCGACAAGAAGUCAACCGGGAACUCGAUCGCACUCUCACGGCACUGCUAUCGCAUUUUAUGCCUGCGGCAGAUGUCCAGCUAUUCAAAGUUGUAAUGCAAUUGACCGAAAGUGUUAUCUCCGGAUCAGCCGCGCUGUGGUUCCUUGAGUGCUCUGCUUCGUGGCCUCCAAAGGAUCUCGACCUAUAUGUUGCCCACAACUAA